GAAAUGGUUCUAGGCUUUGAAAGUGGCUUAGCCAUGAGUGUUGAGGGGUGUUUCUGACAUUAUUCAAAGAUAUUGAACUUGCAAGUUAUUUUACUGUUAGGAGUGGAUAUAUUAAUAUUUACCGAACUCGCAAUUUUCCAAUCCAAACGGCAUGUCGUUUUGCAGACGACGGCGGAAUAAGAAGAUUAUGAGAAGGAAGAUUUAGCAGAAACUUGUCAAUAAAUUCCGAUCCCCAAUUCUCUGAAUCAAUUAAAGAUUCAAUUGUCAAAUUAGGGUUAGUAAUGGCGGAAGAACAGGAGAGAAAGAAGAGGAUUGUGGUUGAAUCGCUGGGAUGGCUUACAGAAUCAUCAAUCAUGCCCAAGAAACAACGCUCAAUCGAAGGAGUUGGUCCAUCUUCCAUUCUAGAACUCAAGGCCCAGCUCUACAAGUCCCAGGAAGAAUCCAAAAAAGCCAAAGAAUUGAACGGCCCUGAUGUUGAGUUCCAUCGUGCCAAGAAGAAGAUUACCUCGCGUGAUUCCUUCUCCUCUAAGAACUCCGGCGUCGAAGCCCGCGCUCUCAAGGACAAGCUUGAGUUGAAAGCGGUGAACGAUGGGUCAGCAAGCUACGCAGCACUGGAGAGGAAGGCCGAGUUAUAUGAAAAACUGGUGAAGGGAGAAUUGUCAGAUGAGGAAGAUAAGGAGAAGUAUUGUGUGGACUUUUUCCGUAAGGGUGUGGAGCAGGAAACAGAGCAACCACAAGCUUCUGAUUCUUCUGUCAUCAUAGCAACUCACGACGAAUCUAGUCAGAAUGAUGCUUCUAUGCUAUUUGACAUGAAAUUUGUGGCACCUGGGCGAACAACUGGAACGAUGGAUAACGAUGAACAUAAACGAUUUGUGAGGGAAGUUCAUGAAGAAGUAAACCAAGCGAGGGAAAAGGCAUCUGAGCUCAAAUUGCGGCGGCAUGAGCAAGCAGAAGCUCGUCGUGAGAAACUAAGGCAGGCCUAUCUUCGGAAAUUACUAGAGAAACAAAAAGCUGCAUCCAGUAUAGAGCAGAAAUAACUACAAUAUAUUUCAACAAGUGGGAUUGGCCAGAUCAAUGAUGUUGUGGUACUCCCAUUGGUCACUUGUGUGCAGGACAUUAAUUUCUAACAUGAAUUAGAUUACUAAGGUUAAGUAUUUCAAACAAGAAGAUCUAUUGCAGAUUUAAUGUACUGAGAAGAAAAUUUGAGCAGUAUUUGCCUGUAAAUAACACCAGCAACAAUCCAGCAGUGGGACUGGAUGAUUGCUUUGAAAGCUGGUCAGUGCCCAAUUGAUUCAAAACUAAACAUGAGGCUGAUUAGUGAAUCUCCUAUUGUAAAUUAUUACUAUGCUUUGAAUACCCAAAAUUGGCUGCUUAUGGCAA